AUGUAUGAUGGAGAAAGUGCACCGAUAGGUAGAGUGACCUUCGGCCGCUCGAUAACGGUUAGCGUUCUGGUCGAGAUGCUGCUGAUGAAUAAGGGUAUGCCCAGCGGGACGAUCCGCUGGUCACUCGGUGAUGUACAGCAACUCUUCUACCCUUUGGUCGAGUCCUGGUCCGUUGACCCUUCUUCUUAUGUCCGAUAG